UCUGCGUUGAAUGCGGUUAAAUAGGUAUAUCAAAGUGCACUGUGGUUUAAACCAAAAGCCCGCCAAGCCAAAGCCAUGGCAGCAGCAUUGCGCUGGUACAAUGACGUGCUUGGCGCGCCGCGCUUUGUCUGCGCGCCAAUGGUCCGCGCGUCCGAACUUGCAUUUCGCUUGCUCACGAGAGAGCUCGGGUGCGACCUCACGUUCUCGCCCAUGCUGCACGCAACCGAGCUCGUCGCGGCCGCAGCCGCUGCACCCUCCGGCACCGACAUCUCAAUGGCAUUUCUCGACACAUCGCCGACGGAUCGGCCACUCAUCGUCCAACUCUGUGGCAACGAUCCGACCGCGCUUGCCGCCGCUGUCCGACUCGUCCAACACCGCUGCGAUGGCAUCGACCUCAACCUCGGCUGCCCGCAGCGCUGCGCUGAAAUUGGUGGUUUUGGCGCCUACUUGCUCGAGGAGCCCGACACCAUCGUGUCGAUCGUACGCGCCAUGGUUGCAGCGUCCAGCACUCCGAUCUCGUGCAAGAUUCGUCUCCUGCCAUCGCUUGACGACACGAUUGCGCUGGCCAAAGGGAUUGAAGCUGCGGGCGCCGCCAUGCUCACGGUUCAUGGCCGCCUCCGCGCCCAGCGCCACCACGAAGGUAUCUGCAAUUGGGACGCAAUCGCAGCCGUGCGCAAGGCAAUUGCGAUCCCAAUGAUCGCGAACGGCGGCAUUCGCUCGCGCGCCGAGGCCGACGCAUGCCUCGCAGCGACCGGGUGCCAAGCCGUCAUGGCCGCGACUGGCCUCUUGGAGAACCCGAGCAUCUUUGCGGUCGAGACCCAUAGCAUCUACGACGUCGCGCUGCGCUACUUGGCGAUCGUUGCCGAGCAGCCGCGAACGUUGUACGCGACGGCCGCGCGGGACCACGUGCUCACCAUGUUCCGGCACAAGUACCGAGACCAAGACAUGGAUGUCUUCAGCGUCCUCGGGCACCACAACGUGCUCUUGCCAUCGCAGCUCGAGGCGGUCAUCGGGCACAUUGCCGCUCGGAAUGGCGAUGUCAUUGACACGCGGUAUGGCGAGACGCUGCCGACGCUGCGUGCGAUUCGGUACAACACGCUGGCGCCGACCGCCGACAACGACGAUCAAGAGCAAGAUGACGACGAGGACAGUCUUGGGUUUGCGUGGAUGGGCGACGAUGAGUGAUCUGGCGUCGAUAAUGUGACAGUACUGCGAACGUUUUUGAGAGUGUG